CUUCUUCUGGUGUGAACACAACGCACAAUCAACUACCUUCAGUUGACGUUUGUGACGGCCGGAAGUUGUGAUAUGACAGACGGUCACUAGCAAUAAGCGCGCGACGGUGAGUUAUCCGGAGGUGUUUGAAUAUUGCGAAGACGCGCUGUGUGGCGAAAUGACUGUUACGGGUAAUUUUGGAAUUAUGCACCGGCCUUGUUUUUCUGGAUAUCCAUUUCAAGGUCAAGGACGAGUUAACCAACUAGGUGGAGUGUUUAUCAACGGCCGCCCUCUUCCAAACCACAUAAGACUGAAAAUUGUAGAAAUGGCUGCGGCUGGUGUUCGACCAUGUGUCAUUUCUAGGCAGUUAAGGGUGUCUCAUGGCUGUGUUAGCAAGAUACUGAAUCGCUACCAGGAGACGGGUUCGAUCCGACCUGGAGUUAUCGGUGGAUCGAAGCCCCGCGUCGCGACCCCUGAAGUGGAGAGUCGCAUAGAACAGUACAAAAGGGAAAAUCCGUCAAUUUUCAGUUGGGAGAUUAGGGACCGAUUGGUGAAGGAAGGCAUCUGUGACAGGAGUACAGCCCCUAGCGUAUCCGCUAUCUCGAGGUUGCUUAGAGGCAAAGGUGGCGACUGUGACGGAGACGAUAAAUCCAGUGAAAACGAAGGAGGGUCUGACUGCGAAAGUGAACCGGGUAUCCCCUUGAAGAGAAAGCAACGACGAUCCCGAACUACCUUCACCGCUCACCAGUUAGACGAGCUUGAAAAAGCAUUCGAACGUACUCAGUACCCAGAUAUCUAUACCAGAGAAGAGCUAGCCCAAAGAACAAAACUAACUGAAGCCAGAAUACAAGUAUGGUUCAGCAAUAGAAGAGCACGACUAAGGAAACAACUGUCUUCGACAUCUUCGUCUUACGCGCCACUUGGCAUAUCAAGCGGUCCAUAUUCCAAUCCUGCAACACCCUACGCAACAUCAUUACCUCAAGGAAUCAACGACAGUGGAUUCUCUGCCAGUACCAGCUCUGCAACGGCUACUUCAAACCAAAUGACCGAUCUCUACCCAGUCUCAUCGCACGCAGGCAGCACGCAACACCACCAGCAACAGCACCCGCACGCCACAAGUACCUCCCCCUCUCUCCCUUCUCUACCGGAUGUGAAAUGGGAACACCCCACCCUCUCUCACGCUACUUACCCUUCAGCGCCGCCCCCUCAUAGCCACCACCAUUCCCUCUACACGUCCGUCCAACCGAACGGGACUUCCCCUGACGACAGUCUGACGGCGCCGCCCCCACCACAAGCCGUGCAGCCAAUGACGGCCCAUGAGAUGUCUGGAGAGUACAAGGAUGGGAAUGACAACACGGUACAUCACCAUUCGGGGAGUCCGGUGACGCAUCACCAGUAUGGGGGAAUGCCACCGACACCUACCAGUAUGGUUACUAUGUUGGGGCCUAACAGUGGUAACAGUAACAGCAACGACGCACCACCUUGCAGCGAAGCUAGCCAACUGCACAACUUGUCCUCGCAGUGGCAUAUGUCACCUACACAUCAAAUAAGAAAUUUGAGUCCAGUCAACUCCAACCCAUCCAUUUCUACCACUUUGGGGCAGCCGAUUGCUCAAGGAUUGGGAAGUUUUGCACAAACUACCAUGCAACCUAGCAUUCAUGGAUACCCACAAACGCCAAAGACCUUUGGUCAUCAACCGUUCUAUGGAUGGUAUUGACCUGCUUUUGAGAAAUCGAAUUCAUAUGAACCACAUCCGUUACCAUCGCUACAAGUAGAUUAUGGGCGGCCGUCUUCGAAUCGACGACAAAAAGCUUGACAAAAAAUUGAGAUUGGUCAAUACAUUUUAUCAACGUGACGGUAACGUAAGAAUAGAUUUUACGGGUGACCUACUUUUUAGCCCAAGGACUACUUUAUGCCCUAGGGUGAUAAUGUAAGUUACGCGCACGCUACCUUCGAAUUCAACUAUGUUCAUCGGCCACGGUAUUUUAUGUCCAUUUGUAUGUAUGUAUCUUGCGCGCAAAGGCAUCCAUGAUCUUUCAUGUCGCUUCACAGAUUGGAUUCUAAUUUCACACCGCGGGCCAUAAACGCCCAAUUUAAGCUCUGGAUACGUAGGUAACUAUUAGGGUGCUAGUCCUGAAUGCUGUAUUCCCACAUUGUGCAGGGCAUGUGUGGUUUUAAUGUUCAGGACAAUUAUAGUUUGACUUGAUUUCUUAUAACUCGAUAUAAAAUCCAGACUUUGGCAAGCUUUGGAAAAGAUAGUAGUUCCCCUCAUCUCCGAAGUGAUUCUCCGACGAAGACCGGUUAAUGCAAAUUUUAGCAUCAUAUUUUUCAAUGUUUUUCAAACACCAGAACAUCAUCAUCAAUAAUAAUUAGAUUCAAUGAUUGCUGUGCUGUUUGUUUAUGGUAAUAUAUUCUUAUGUUUUGGUGAGAAGAUAAAUGCGUAAUGACGACACUUGUAAUAUAUCAAUUCGUUCAAAAUUUGUAUUGUAGACCUAAACUACUUCAAAAAUGUAUGUAGUGUAAGUAUCCUAUCAUAUUAAUAUAAUUGAUGUAUACAUUUUAAAACUCACAAUUUGUGAUACACCAGUGAAUUAUAAUGUGU